AUGGGUUCUACGUUCUUGAACAAUAGUAAUGCUAUUCAAUCUCUUUUACAACAAGCUGAUGAAUUCACAAAUUUAUCAUAUGGAUCGUCUUCAACAGUUGCAAAUGCUAGUGGCGAACAAUAUUUGACAUCAAAUUUAUUCAAUAUCAACAAUAUUAAUUUGCAUGAUUUGUCAAACUUAAAUCAUCUCAAAUUUGAAGAAAUCGAUCACGCCAUAGCAAAUCAAUUUUCACACCCAUUAUCACCAGCACAUGCUCAUCAACAAUAUCAAUUAGUUGGUCAAAACGCAAGCAAUGUUAUAGUUGAUGCAUCAACAGGAGCAUUAAUACCAAUAUCGAAUUAUCAUGGAGAAAUUUUUCAUGAUCCUAAUCCACCUCAAAUUAUACGACGACCACCAGCACAAGGUCCAAUUACAUAUCGUCAAAAUGUUUCAGUACGCUUUCUUCAACCGCCACCAGUUCCACCACCAGGACCACUGAUUAUCAAAGAAGUUCGUCCACCACAACCACCAGCUCCACCACCACUUGUCGUUCGACAACAUGCACCUCCACAUCCCAUACCUCCUCCACUUGUUCUUCGAGAACGACCACCACGAAGUCCUCCUCUAAUUCCUUCACAAACAAUUAUCAAAAGAUUACCUCCAAUUCCUGUUCCACCUCGAUCGGUUAUUUUCGAACGUUUUCCACCAUUGCCUCCACGACCUCGCGAUGUUGUUAUUGAACGUUGGUUACCUUAUUCCAAAGAAAUUCCACGACGUAGAGUAAUAACACAGCGAGCUCCACCACCUCAUCCUUAUCCUCCACCACGCAAUACAAUCAUUGAUUAUGAACAAGCGCAAGCUAAUGUUGUACGUUCAGUACAAAACCUCGGUAUUCAACUACAAAAUCCUGAAGAAUAUAAACUACGAUACGGAAAUACAUUACUGGAUCCAGCAACAUUAGUAGCACACGCACAACAUUUGGGAAUUAGCGAAAAUAUUAGUCCACCUGUGCUUGGUUACAAUCAACAACAUCUAACUCAUAUUCCUGAGUACUUUUGGAACCAUGCUGAAACUAUAUUGAAACCUCACUAUGCAUAUAAUACAAUUGCAUGGGGAAAUCAAAUAGCAAAUAACAAUAAUGAACACGUUCAAGUUUUUUGGACUGAUCCCCACGAACAUAUUCCCGUGACUCUUCAACGUCUUGGAUUUCCAGUGAAUUAA